CACUUCCGCCUACCCCGCCCGGGCUGCCAGACCGGAAGCGCCGCGCUCUAACCCGAUCCUCCUCAUCGGGGUUGAAACCCGGGCGCCUCCAAGAUGCCGGCUUACCACUCUUCCCUCAUGGACCCUGACACGAAACUCAUUGGAAACAUGGCACUGUUGCCUAUCAGAAGUCAGUUCAAAGGACCCGCCCCUAGAGAGAGCAUUUCGGUAGCUGCCUAUUAUCCUGGGGGCGGUGCCGCGUGUAGACCCGAUGGACCCUGGCGAGGCGGCCAUCUUGGAGUCUUCCCGAAGGAGCUUCAACCUUCUCUUCGCGCUGGUGCCGCGGCGGCCUUGUUGGGCAGAAUGAAUGUGAUAGACCACUUGCGAGACAUGGCGGCAGCGGGGCUGCACUCCAACGUGCGGCUCCUCAGCAGCUUGUUACUUACAAUGAGUAAUAACAACCCUGAGUUAUUCUCCCCAUCUCAGAAGUACCAGCUUUUGGUGUAUCAUGCAGAUUCUCUCUUUCACGAUAAGGAAUAUCGGAAUGCUGUGAGUAAGUAUACUAUGGCUUUACAGCAGAAGAAAGCUUUAAGUAAAACUUCAAAAGUGAGACCUUCAACUGGAAAUUCUGCAUCCACUCCACAAAGUCAGUGUCUUCCAUCUGAAAUUGAAGUAAAGUACAAAAUGGCUGAAUGUUAUACAAUGCUAAAACAAGAUAAAGAUGCCAUUGCUAUUCUUGAUGGGAUCCCUUCAAGACAAAGAACUCCCAAAAUAAACAUGAUGCUGGCAAACCUGUACAAGAAGGCUGGUCAGGAGCGACCUUCAGUCACCAGCUAUAAGGAAGUGCUGAGGCAGUGCCCAUUAGCCCUUGAUGCCAUUCUAGGUUUGCUGUCCCUUUCUGUAAAAGGUGCAGAGGUGGCAUCAAUGACGAUGAACGUGAUCCAGACCUUGCCUAACUUAGAUUGGCUUUCUGUGUGGAUCAAAGCGUAUGCUUUUGUGCACGUUGGUGACAACUCGAGAGCAAUCAAUACCAUCUGUUCACUAGAGAAAAAGUCCUUAUUGAGAGAUAACGUGGACCUACUGGGAAGCUUGGCAGAUCUGUACUUCAGAGCUGGAGACAAUAAAAACUCUGUCCUCAAGUUUGAACAGGCACAGAUGUUGGAUCCUUAUCUGAUAAAAGGAAUGGAUGUAUAUGGCUACCUCCUGGCACGAGAAGGGCGGCUGGAGGAUGUGGAGAACCUUGGCUGCCGCCUUUUCAAUAUUUCUGAUCAACAUGCGGAACCCUGGGUGGUCUCUGGGUGUCAUAGCUUCUAUAGCAAACGCUACUCCCGAGCCCUCUAUUUAGGAGCCAAGGCCAUUCAGCUGAACAGUAAUAGUGUUCAAGCUUUGCUACUUAAGGGAGCAGCACUCAGAAACAUGGGCAGAGUCCAAGAAGCAAUAAUCCACUUUCGGGAAGCUAUACGUCUUGCACCUUGUCGCUUAGAUUGUUAUGAAGGUCUCAUCGAAUGUUACUUAGCCUCCAACAGUAUUCGUGAAGCAAUGGUAAUGGCUAACAAUGUUUACAAAACUCUAGGAGCAAAUGCACAGACCCUUACCCUUUUAGCCACCGUUUGUCUUGAAGACCCAGUGACACAGGAGAAAGCCAAAACUCUAUUAGAUAAAGCCCUGACUCAAAGGCCGGACUACAUUAAGGCUGUGGUGAAAAAAGCGGAACUGCUUAGCAGAGAACAGAAAUAUGAAGAUGGAAUUGCUUUGCUGCGGAACGCACUAGCUAAUCAGAGUGACUGUGUCCUGCAUCGGAUCCUAGGAGAUUUCCUUGUAGCUGUCAAUGAGUAUCAGGAAGCAAUGGACCAGUAUAGUAUAGCACUAAGUUUGGACCCCAAUGACCAGAAGUCUCUAGAGGGGAUGCAGAAGAUGGAGAAGGAGGAGAGUCCCACGGAUGCCACUCAGGAGGAGGAUGUGGACGACAUGGAAGGGAGUGGGGAAGAAGGGGACCUGGAGGGCAGCGACAGUGAGGCGGCCCAGUGGGCUGACCAGGAGCAGUGGUUCGGCAUGCAGUGAGGCAGGCACAGCUCCGUGGCCACACUGGCCUGCCCCGCUCUGAGCACUUCCAUGGACUGAAGGAACCUGUAGGAGCCCGCUCUCUGGGAGGACAAUGAUUCAGCAUGUGAUUGCAGCAGGGGUCUCUGCCCCUUGCUCCGUAUUUCUAGUAAUGACUUCAUUUUUAAAAACUGAGCCUGACCAACCUUCCAUAUAUCUCCAUCCUCCUCUGCUCCAGUCAGGGAGGACCAAGUGAGCACUCAGAGGCCCGUGGACAUGUCGGGGCUUCUGGGACAGAGUGCUUUUUAUAGAACUAACUUCUAAAUCUGAAAGCUCGAGGAAUAGAAAGUCUUUUGUCUGUGAUGUUGUGGAUGGGUUUAAAGGAGCGACCUGUUCCCCAGAGCAAGAGUGUCAUCUCCCAGCAGCAGCAUGGACUGGCCCUUUCAGAGAGGGUUUCCUGUCCCAGAAAUCAUUAUCCUGGGUUGUCCAAACUUCCCUAGUAACCUUGCUUCUUUCUGCAAUGUUAGUAAUGCCUUAAGCUGACAGUUGCUGUUUUGCAGAACAGUUUUCCUAUUUGCUAAUCUGGUAACUUGCCUAUGAGCCUGGGCCGAAUCUGAGAAACAAGUGUGACCUAGAGCAUGAACAGAGGCACAGUUGGGGUAAUUAAUAAAACUGUUUUUUGUACAGUAAUGAUGUUGGGUUGGUCAGAAUGGAAGCCCUUUAUAGAUUCUUUUUUUUGGUCUCUUAUUUACAGUGCAUUGAUUCAGCUCUAGAAUUAUGUGCCAUAAAUAGACUCUCUUUUUCCCAGGGAAAGGAUUGGGAGGAAAGGGAGCUGGGAGGAUUGGGAACCUCAGGUAAUACUGAGCUGGUUCAUCCAUUCGCAUUUUUGAUUGGUAAAUUCCUGGGGAGAGUCUUUGGCCAGAUUUUAGACUGAGUCUGCCUAUCUCUGUCAGGGGCGCUGAGGUCGGUGUCUGGUUUCAGCGUUCUAUUGUGGGGUCAGCAGGGGGCUCAUUCCCUGGGCUCGGGUGCUGGGAGACUACCCACCCUCUCCCCCUUGUUUAAUAUGUGAUGUUUUUGGAGGUGAAGGUAGUGGGGGGUGUCACAGCUAACCCCAAAUUCUCAUCAAAAUAAAAUUAGCCAAAGGUGGUACAAAAUGGGAAUUUGACAUAAAUGGAAAGUUCUGUCUUAAUGUGUAAAAACAUAGAGUGUACAAUAGUUUAGGAGCUUAGAACAUCUGAUAACUGCAAUUUAAAGUGGGCAAAAGGUUACUGUUAAAGUAUCUUUCAGUAUGAGAACCAAAGCUUGGGCAGCAUCAUUUGAUGGAGCAGUUUUUAAAGAGCCCAGCAGGCAGUUGGAGUCAUGCCAGGUGAAUGUGUGGCCCAGAGAAGACACUGCUCAUUUGUGCUCGCUGCAGGAUGCAGGCUCGUGUCCUUCCUCAGCUCGCCUCUGAGCAUCCAUGAUCAGUUAGUGCUUUGGGUGAAAAGGUGAAAUCUCUCCUCUGGGGAGGAAGCCCAGCCACACCCUCCUGACCUUGUUUCUGCAUGUCAGGCUCAUCACCAUGAGCCCUGAGAUUCUCUCAGGAUCAGUCUGUGCCUUGGAACCCACACCUGUGCACCGCCUUCCAUCAGCAGCCUCACGUUCCUCCCCUUUCAUCUCUGCUGGGAGCCCCUGGAUCAGUCUGGCCUGUCCAUCCCAGCAACACCCUGCACUGGAUUCCUCAGGCCCUCACACCUGCAGCUCCAGUAUUUCCAUCUCGGCAGUGCUGGGGUGACAACUGGGUUGAAGUGACAACUGAAACUAUUUUUAGAGCACCUGACAUAGGAUUGAAAACACUCUCAGUUUACGUCAAAGAAUCAGAGGAGUUUGAGUUGGAGGGUGCUGAAGCGCUUCCCUGCCAGUCACUUGCUCUCAUAAACAGAAAACCUCAUGAGAGUGAGGAGCCCCAGGAAGCAGGGGCACAAUCAGGCUGACCAGCUCUGUCGCUGUCCCACUGAUCCACUUGCAAGAGACCAAGCAACCUUAUAAGGGAUGCCCUUCCACAUGCCUGCAGUCACCACAGGUACCUUUUGCUGUCUGGAUUUUCGCACAGCCAAUGUGGAGAUGUUUUAAUUGAUGCUUGUCAUUCCUCCUGGCUCCUUCCAGAUUGUUUGAAGCAUAGGUUUGGAAUCAGACUGGGUUGGGUUCUAAAAGUCUCAGCUCACCUGUUAGUGCUGUGGGUCAGGGGCCAGGUGGUUAGCCUCCACGUUCUGGGCUCCCUCAUCCUCCUCUGGACUGAAGACUGAGUGAUCCUGUGAGGAGUUCAGCAUGGUCCCCAUUGGGAACAUUAUCGCCAUCACAAGAGUAAUGGAGAUCCCAGUUCUUUCCUGGGGAACUGGGGACUGGUGGUAUCACUCUGAAGACUUCUUGCUCUUCUCUCCUGGAUGUCCCUCUGCUGAGCAGGGAGGCAGGGUCCUAAGGAAGGUAUUCCAGGCCCUCCACCUUGGCCCUUCACCCUUCACUUCUGAACCCAUGCUGUGUGCCAGGGACCUGGCAGAUGUGACCCCUACAGAGCUUAUGUCAGGAGUGCUCCUUGCCAGCCUUAGUUUGGAGGCCACACUCCUGCCUCUGAAUUCUUUCCCAGAGAAUGAGGCCAGCUUUUGCCUGAAUCUGUAAUUCUGAAACUUGAUUAUGCUUCUCAGUGAUACAGAUCUCUAGGCUGGACACCAAACUUUAAUCAAAGUCUGGGCCCUGGGCCCAAGAGUCUGCAUCUUUAAUCCCAUCCCAAUUUACUAUUCUGAUGCAGGUGUUCCCUGGUCCAAAUAUUGAGAAACCUGGGAGAAGGGUUUGAGGGCCCCAGAAGUUGCAGGCCUGACCUUAGAGGGCCCCUGGGGGCCUCACUCUGUAGUUGCCUGUGGGUGGGGCAACUCCCAUGACCAGGCCUCUUGAGCCCAUGCCCAGGCCUGCUUGCUGACCCCGAAGCCAUGGGCACUGACUGCUGCAUUCUCUCUGCUGACAAUAGGCAGUGAGGCCUGACUCAAGAACCUCACUUCAGCGUCCAGGGACAGCAGCCAUGACCAGGCCUGCCAGGAAUCCCUGGCACUGGGAGGGCCUGUUGAGGUUGCCAGUAAUUUCAGCACAUGAAGCUGUCAUCUCACUGUUUUCUGGCCUCCACUAACUGUUGUGAAGUCAGCAGUAGGCUGUCACUCUUUAAAGCAUGUGGGAUCUUAGUUCCCAGACCAGGGAUCGAACCUGUGCCCCCUGCAGUGGAAGCAUGGAGUCUUAACCACUGGACCGCCAGGAAAGUCCCUAUGUUAACUUCUUUUUUCUUUAAAGAUUUUUUUUUGAUAUGGACCAUUUUUUAAAGUCUUUAUUGAAUUUGUUAACAAUGUUGCUUCUGUUUUAUGUUUUGUUUUUUGGCCGUGAGGCAUGUGGGAUCUUAGCUCCCCAACCAGGGAUCAAACCUGCACCCCCUGCAUUGGAAGGUGAAGUCUCAACCACUGGACUGCCAGGGAAGUCCCCCUAUGUUCACUUUUAAUAAUUGCUGUGUCCUGCAGAUUUUCAUCUAUUUUUCUUUAAGCAAAAUUUUUGCCUGGAAAUUCUGGACCACCUUAUAGUUCUUUGAUGCUUCUAUGAGGAUUUUUUAAAAAUUUGGUGAGUGGCCGAGAUGGUGGAAUAAGAAGACCCUGAGCUCAUCUCCUUCCAUGGGCACACCAGAACUACAACUGUUUAUACGCAGCAACUAUUGAUGAGAAUGACAUGAAGACUAGCAGAAAAGAUCUUCUGCAACUAAAGAUAAAAUGAAGGAACCAUGAGACAAGUAGGAAGGGUGGAGACGCAGUAUAGUCAAGACCUAUACCCCCAGGUACAUGCUCUCAGGAUGACAUCACUUAGCUGAGGUUGGUGCUUUUCUUUUGCAAACAUCCUGGUAUGGCUCUUCCAGCACUUGUGAGGAAUCCCUAAGAAGUACGCGGGCCUCUCACUGCUGUGGCCUCUCCCGUUGCGGAGCACAGGCUACAGACAUGCAGGCUCAGCGGCCAUGGCUCACGGGCCCAGCCGCUCCACGGCACGUGGGAUCUUCCCGGACCGGGGCACGAACCCGUGUCCCCUGCAUCGGCAGGUGGACUCCCAACCACUGCGCCACCAGGGAAGCCCCUUCAUAUAUUAUUAAUAAUGUAUGAUGUGUAUCAUCAUUCAUACUAAGAUGUUAAUCUCCCCUGAAUUAUUAAACUUUCAUAAAAAUAAGGUGUUCUUAUUGAUCCAGUAUGACCAUUGCUCCUUUCUGUUCACUCCUAGGCAUUUUCCCUUCUCUUGUCUGACUACAGUGACUCUCCAGAACAGUGCUAAGUUGUGGGCAACAGUGGAUGGUAGCAAGAUUCUGGGACAAGUCCUUGCAGCUAACAAAGAUCAAAGGAACCAUGACAAGUUUUUGUGAAUCCUCAUCUUGGCAUUUGUGAAGGCACCUGUCAGUCUGACCAAAGCAGAACUACCUUCUCUUCCCCCAGGCCCUCCCCAACUGACAUGUGGCUGUGCUGUUAUCCUAGGCAGUGGGUGGCGUCGAGAACAGCUACCCCAGCCCACAGGUGCCACGUAAAGUCAUAUGCCCACUGCUCUCAGGGUGCCUGACAUAAGGGGCUUACUCAUUAGUGUCAUAUAGCCAGCUCAUUUAGUGGCAGUAACCUUUAGGCUAAAGCAUCCAAAUUUCAGGGAAUACUCACGUUAGUUGAUGGAUGUUGGAAGGCAUUGGAGGAAAACACCACAGUUAGGACUGUUAAUGACUUACACACUGUUGGUUAAGACUGAUCUCGAACAUGCGCAAACAUUUGUCAUAGUAACGGUGGUGGUUAGUGCCACAUUCAAAUAAAAAUAGUUCUAUACAAUAUGUUCAUUUGGUCAUGUGCUAUUUACAGAUUUUACAAAACACAUACACACACAUACACACUUGCCCUUAUGUCCUCUACACCAGGCUAAAACAGGCCAGCAGAAACUUGCAUAAAAAUGUAUCACAGAUAACAAUUAGUGCCUAUACACUAAAAAUAAAAUUCCUACAACCACCUAUGCAGCAGAACAGGAUCCUUCUUCCCCUCAAGCACAGUAAAACUAAAAGUAAAACUAAGAACUUAAGAGAAAGUUGGACAUCUGUUAGUUCAAACUAAGCCACUUAAGAGUUAAAAACAAGACAGUUAUUUUUCUCUGUCCAUUUAAAAUGUUUUAUUUUUCUUUUUAAACUAGAUUGUGAAGUGCCAUUGAAAUAGGCAAUGUUGGCAAAACAAUGUCUGUUACAAUAAAAUACAUUAGACAUUUAAAUAAAUAACCUUAAAAACUA